CAGUGUUAUUUUAUGUCCACUAUUUAACUCUGCGUAGACUUCGCAUUAAUUCUUCCCUCACUGGCAAACUGUUGUCCUGAUCUUAUAUCUAUCGACAUCACACGUUUAUUCGCUGGAUACACAGACGAAGCUCUACCGCACCUAAACUACAAUCCCAGCAGUACUGAUAAUGAAGUCGACGCGCUCAGUCAAGCCCUGCGUACGCUGUCGCAAAACCUUCCUCGCCUAACGCAUCUAUCCCUCCAAGGUCUUAACAUCUCUUCGGACCUUUUCUGGCCCCCGUGUGGUAACAAUGGCAACAAUUAUAACAAUGGAGACCCCACCGACAUGCCUCAACUAAACUGGCCUUCGCUUAAAAGAGUAGACAUCGACUUGGAACCAACUGCUCCGGGCGGCAUAUGGUAUUUCACUGGCCUCUCAGGACGCGAGACACCACCACCUUUCCCAGAAGCUUAUGACCGUUAUGUCAGGGGAAGACUCUCCCGCAUCGACUGGAUAGGAGAGCCUACGCCAUAUGAAACAGGACCUCCACGACCACCUAGCGAAGCCGAGUCCGUUGACUGGACCGACGAAUACGUAAGCAGCAUGAAUCCGACACGCGAUUACCGUUUUCGGCCUACUAGCCAUAUGAACAGUCUGCUCAUCGCAGCUGCCAAGGCCGUUCGCUACAUGCCGGCUCUGGAGCGGUUCUCGAUACACCAUAAAGCGCUACUUCAUCUGCUAGGGGCGGAAGGAAUGGAGGACCGUGAGAGGUGUUUUAGCGUGACAUUUGCGACUGAGAGGUUCGCAUUGUAUAGACAUCUCGAAGAGGACUAUCGCGGAGAGUGGUAUGAAGGGCUAGGGAGGCGUGAGAUGAGCUGGAUGGCGCUGCCGGAGACGUGGCGGCCGGAUAUAGAGGUAAGGGAGGAGUGGGCGCGGACACUAGGUGAAGACGGACGAGUAUUUUAUGAACGUGGGGGAUUACCCACGGGGAAAUGGCUGGAUACGGCGGAGUUUUUGAAAGGUAUGCAGAGGAUAUAUCGACGACGUCAUCUUAUGCGAUGUGGCACCGCACCUACCGGAGCAUUCCAUGGUUCUACUAGAGAACAAAGAGACACGUGGGUUUACCAGCUUACUUUCGACGGGUUUCUCUUUUAACUUCUCUCCGCUGCUUUUAUACACCUCUCCUUUACCCCCAUCAACUUUAAAUCGCAAACACGUCCACUCCUCAUCAACAUACCCUGGACCCCAAACCAUCAAACAUUCACCAGCCACCACCCCACAAACCAACUCGGCACAAGAAAACCAGACACUACACACCCAUCCCAAAUCCCAAAAAUGGGCAAAGCCGAAAGCACACCCUACAACUACAGCAGCAGCGGCGGCGCACCGCAACACACGCCCCUCGACCAGAUCGCCAUGGCAGAGCGCCAUGAGCCGCGCAGCCAU